UUGUGUGUGUAUAUGUAUUAUUGAACUGGGCCUUUUUGGCAACCUGCUCUAGUAUGUCAGCCAAGGUAAGUACCCUUCAGAGGGUCCAGUCCUACUUGUUCCAAGUUGCCUGUGACCCAUGAAGUUGGACAGUGUUUGGGGCUGUGGAGAGUGCUUUUUUUUCCCAAGAAAUGUGUGUGAUGGCUGUGUCCUAGAGACCUACAAACACUUCACAUAAAAAGUGUAAUUCUCUCUUUAUGCAUACCCACUUUUUUGAAAAGGUAGAGGUGGGCUUUUAUGACAGUAUACUGGCAGCAGCAAUGAAGGGAUUGCCUAAUAUGGGAACCAACAGCUGACCUGUCUUUCAGCCUGUGUUUUCUUGGCACCUGCACUUUCCCAGCUUUCAGUUUCUGCCGUGCACAGCUAUGUGUAGCACCAGCCAGCAAUCCAAGUCCUUGAGCAAGGCUGGUGGCCUGCCUUGCUUCAGUGUUGUGCAGACAGGAAAGCUAAAUGAAAGGUGGUUAGUGUGCCCCUCGGGCUCACCAGGGCCUGUGUUCAAAGGCCUCUUGCUGGCAGUCACAGAUGGAGAACAUCAUCUGUUAUCUUUGUGUCUGAUUGCUUCCUAAUCUUGGCACUAGCUGUUCUCGCAGUUCCUCUUGGGGAUGGCAGGGAACUGAGGUACAGGAAGGAAUAAGGAAGGAACAUGCACAAAGUGGGGGCUGGACCCUGACCUCCAGAAUAGCCUGCUGAAUGCUGACUGACCUCCUAGAAGUAGCACAAGACCUACAUUGCUAAGGGAAAGCAUAAUCAUGUUUUUUACCAGACAUGAUUUUUCAUUUUGCUCACCUCCGUUUUAUUGUAUUUCAUUGAUCUGCUCUGGCAGAUACCAUGUCUUCCUUUAGAACUGUAUCUUUGCAUGCUCAAUUAUGCCCACAGGUAAUAGGAAACCAGGGUUUCAAAAGAAAACCUGAUCCCGUUGCUAGAUAAUAGCAGUUUCCUAAAUAAAUGUGUGGUUGCCCUGGGGGUUGAGGUUGUUGCCAGAUGCACCCUUUUCUGAUUGGUGAGAACAGCAGGUGACGCUUCAUGUCAUAUAAGUGCAAGAGAAAACACGGGAGCACAGAUAAGCAGAGCAAGUGAGCCAUCUGAAAAGAAGAGUUGAGAAGGUACUAAAGCAGCUGCUUGCCAUGGCAUUUGGAAUGCUAAUCUAUAUUUUGCUGAAAGCAAUGGGGGUGCUGAGUGAAGAGUCAGCUGUUAAUGUUUCAUCCCUCAGCACAGACUUAUGGAAUAAUUGGACAAAAUACAAUGCUGAAGUAGACUACACAGAGCAGCCGAAGCUCUUGAAGCUUAUGCAGACCUGUCUUGAAGAACACUACAGCUAUUGUAUCAAUGGGCUCUGUGCUUUCCACAGUGAACUGAGGAAACCCAUAUGCAAGUGCAUUGCAGGUUAUAAUGGAGAGAGGUGUGAACAUUUAACACUAAACUUGUAUGCACAUAAUUCUUACGAACGCUACAUUGCUGUGGGAAUUGGUAUAGGAAUACUGACAAGUGGGAUACUUGCUAUCAUCUACUGCUACGUGAAAAAGAGAUGCAGAAAACUGAAAUCACCCUACAAAGUCUGCAUGGGUGAGACAGCAUUGUGAAGAUCUGGCAUUGGGACACUUACCAAUUUGCCUGUAAAUGAGAGGAAGUUCUUCUGGGAAGGCUACUCUGUGCCAUCUGGCAGGUACUCCAGCUUCAAUGAUUAGAUGAAAUAAAGGGAAUAACAGAGCGAGUACAUGAAGGAAACUCCUGCAGAACUGAUGGGCUCCAUUCACUUUUGAAGAAAAACCCUCUUUUCAGUAAAUGUUGCUAGAUUAACAGGUCAGAAGAGCUAUUGAUACUUUCAGCCCUCUCAACACUUUCCUGUGGCUGGUAGUUGUUAAGGGGAGGACUGAUUCGUUUUAGCUGUUUUCAGUCAUUUCAAACCUUAGUAGAGUGUUCUGCUCUAGUCUUUUCUGUCUUUCAUUGUUUUUUUUGUGUGUUUUGGUUAUUUUCUUCUCUGGAGGAAAUGCACAACCUGUCUCACAAUGGAGCUAUAUUCUGAACAUCAUACGCUGACAAGAAACUGUUUGGCUUCUGAUUUCAUCAUCUACUGCCUUUACAUGUGAAUAAACAGUUCUCUUACAACACUGCAGGUAUCUUCACUGUACUAUGCAAAGUAUAGGCUUCUGUUGUCGUAAUGGACAAAAUCACCAAACGCUUUGAACUGAGGAAGAUGGAUGGUUCUCAGAGGCUUACUUAAACUUAGGAACAGAAUCAACAGUUCCUGGAAAAAAUAGACCAUGACAUCCCUGGGCAUGGCAACUUCCUUGCUGUUUUCGCAAGUAAGGGAAUUGGAAUCUUUCUCCAAAUGGAUUAUUGAGUGUGCUCAUGACAGAGAACCCUACUCUUCCCUAACAACAUAAAACAAUUCAUUAGACUCACGGAACUUCAGGCAGAACAUUAUGUUGCUGCACCUGAUUUCAGUUGCUUGAGAAGCUACACUUCAGUUUAUCGCUGCCCAGGAAACAGACUCUCUUUAUUCUGUUCUCACAUUAUGUGCGCAAUGUGACCACUCAAAUAAAAAAAAAAUAAUGACUGGGAUUUUUUUCCACCCUGGACAAACAGAUUGCAUAUCAGAUGCUUGAUUUUCUUUAUCUUGUCUACAAAGAAUCACAAAGGUAAAAAGAACAAAAUUCGAGGAAAAGAUAAGAAAACUGCUUCUGGAGAAGAUGGAACUAACUGUGACUUUUCACUGACAGUUGGAGUAUUUGCCAGUGAUGAUGAGACUGGAGAUGUCUCUGAGAGGUUUUCAUUUCAGCUGUUGCAUGUUGUAGGUGCCUCUAUUAUGCUUAGUCACCUAUGAGAAAAAGGCAGUUGGGUACUUUGUGAUGUUAUGGGGUGAUACAGGCUCCUAAAUUUAGGUGACCUGCCAGAAAGCUCUAUUUCUGUUUUGUGUUCAUUUUCACAAAAGGUUGCAUGUCUUUUGUUUCAAAAAGCCCCCUGUAUUUGUGAGACUACAAUGGUAAUGCUGAAAUGUGUAUGAAAGGCUGGGUUUUGAAAGAGUAAAUGUACAUUUGUCACUUGAAUGGUCUGAAGUUCUGUGGGUUUUGCCCACAGGGCAUUCUGAUCAGCAGCUGAGUCAUUUGGCUCUCGAUUUGAUACCCUUCAAUAAAACAACAUGUCACACCCUGGCUAGACUUCCUGUGCAACAGACUAGAGGAAGCAACAUGUGCAUAUGCAGAAAGGAUUGUUGAUGAGGAGCUGGAUGGAGACAGCAGUGCUUUCUUCUAUGUGUUGACAUGAGUGUUUUUUAAGAGGCAGCGAACUGAUUUUUCUGACUCUCUGAAGCCUUUUUGUUCAUCUCAAGUUACAUCUUCAGAUUUCCAUGUUGUUUGCUCCUUUCCAUUUUUCUGGUAUUUUCUUAGUAGCCACUGAGAGACAGCUGCUGGUUGUCGUGAUUUUCGAGUCAGUUUUCAGUAUCUGGCCUAACAUCUUUUGUGUCAUAUUUAUGCAGUGUGAGUGCAAGUAAAUGUGAAUUAGAUUCUGCACAGACACACAAAAAACACCCUUCAUCCCUCAUUCACUGGACAGACUGACGUGAAAUAACUACUAGAAAUAUGCAUGUCAUCAGGAAAUACAGGUGAGAGGUCUUUCUCAUUGAGCUCUGAGAAAAUUUUAAGAGCUAGAUAGGCCAAAGGAUGAAAAUCUGUUGUCAUGUGAGUGAAUCUCCUCUGCACUGAGUUGUCUUCCUCCAUGCACAUUGUGAGUGCUGCAUUCACUUCCAGAGGAAACAACCUUUCUUCAUUGGAGAGGCUACAUCUUGCAGCAGAUAUGCACAGUAAUGCAACUUGCUCUGGGUGUACAUGCAGUUGUUAAAGAAGUUCUAAGAAAUUUUAACAACUGGACUUCUAUUUGUCCAAAAAAAGCUGUAAGGGAGUGGUGGACUUGAUUUUAACCAUUUGCAUGUCCUUUUACUGACUUUUUUUAAUAUCUUUUAUAUAUCAGCAGCCAAGCAGGUGCCUUGCAGGAUAUGUAAGAGCUUCUUGAAAAGUAUGUACUCAUUGCAGUGAGACACUGUGUACCUACAGAAACACACUGACUUUUUUUUUUCAUGUUUGGUUAAACAUAAGUGGAAAAAAGAUUCAUUUCAACACCACAAUUCAGCAGGAAACUAAAUAGUGAAAUAUUUGUUCUAGUUCGUUUUCUGGUCCAAGGAAGCUUUGGAAGGGCUGCCAGUGAAAGUUUGCUAGUAGAAGAAAAGCUUGAGAGCAAAACAUCGGAUGAGUCUGUGCCAUGCAAAAUGUGACUUUGUGCAAAGGCAGAAGGAGAAUAAAAUGGAAAGACAAUGAUAGGAAAA